AUGAGCCUGUUCGAUCGGCCCCAACUCAUGCCGCCGCGCUGGCUUCACCAGAUGGCAGACAGGGAAGUGGCGCUGGGCGGCAGCGUCGUCUUCAACUGCUCGGCGGCCGGCCAGCCACCGCCCACUGUCUCAUGGACCUUCAGUUCAGCCGGCCGGCCGCCGGCCGCGCUCCGGGGCUCCGCCGACGGGCGGCUCUCCGUCGGCGCCGACGGCUCCCUGUCGCUGCCGACGGUCGCCGAGACCGACGGCGGAGAGUACGGCUGCAGCGCCGACAACGGCGUGGGCGAGCCGCUGCGGCGCGCGGCGCGCCUCAGCGUCACCGUGCCGGCCCGUUUCCAGCAGCGUCAGAGAGCCGUCUCGGUGGUGUCUGGCACCGCUCUGCGGCUGACCUGCGCGCCGUCAGGUGACCGGCCGCUGCAGCUGAGCUGGUACCGGCGCGGCCACCUGCUGGUGACCCCGGCAGAGCCCGGCGGGUCUCCGGUGACCCCGGCGGGCGGAGAGGCACUGGUAACGGCCGCGGACGAAGACGGGACCGUGCAGGUAACGACGACCACGGACGGCUCCUCCCAGCUGACACUGACGGCGGCGCGACGGGACGACGGCGGCACCUACACGUGCGUGGCACGCAACGGCCACGGCGAGGACAGCACCACGUGGCACGUGACGGUGACAGAGCGGCCGGAGCCGCCCUCCGACCUGCGGCUGGCGUCCGUCACCUCGCGCUCCGUGCUGGUGGCCUGGUCGCCCGGGUACGACGGCAACAGCGCCGUGACGCACUACUUGGUGCAGUGCGCCGCCGAGCCGCCCGCCGGCCGAGUCUGGCAGCUGGGAGUCAAUGAGACAGUGUCGGCGCGGCAGCGGAGUGCGCUGGUGGCCGGCCUCCAGCCCAGCGCCUCGUACCGGCUGCGCGUGUUCGCCGUGAAUCGGCACGGCAGCAGCGGGCCCAGCGGCGCGCUGAGGCCGCCGCCACAGUCGCUGGUCCACGGACGGAUCACCGGAUACACGGUCACCUACGUCCGGCUGGCCGACCAGCUCACCCUGACCAGGUCUGUCCGCCGACCGGAGCUGGUGCUGCUCCUCAAACACCUGCGGCCCAACACGGCGUACUCGGUCACCGUGAGCGCCUGUAACCGGGCCGGCCAGGGUCCUGCCAGCUCGGCCGUCACCGCCACCACAGAGGAGGGAGUGCCGGAGGUGGCGCCGCGCCAGCUGACCUGCCGGGCCGUGUCACCCUCCUCCGUCGGUGUCAGCUGGAGCCCGCUCACGCACGGGGAGGCCGGUGGCCGGGUCACCGAGUAUCGGGUCACCUGGCGGCGCACGGCGCUGCGGCCAGAGGACCCAGUGCACGUGCAGGAGGAGGGUUCGACUGGCAACCAGUUGGUGCUGACGGGGCUGGCACCAUUCACCAACUACACUGCCCUGGUGGCGGCCUGCACGGCGGCCGGCUGUGGACCCGACUCGGCGCCCGUCUCCUGCCUGACGCACAUAGACGUGCCGGGCCCGCCGGCCGACAUAAAGCUGGUCUCCCUGUCGCCCACGUCCAUGCUGGUGUCGUGGCUACCCCCGAGGGAGCCGCGCGGACCCAUUCUGCGCUACCUGGUCUACCAGCGCAAACAGGCCACUAACAAAGAGCGCCGUUUCGAGAGCUCUGCAGAACAGCGACUGAUGAUGGAGCUGAGGGAUCUAGACCACUACCAAAGCUACGAGGUGUGGGUGGCGGCCGUCACCCAAGCCGGGCGGGGCGCGCCAUCCCGCGCGCUGCUCUAUCGGCCCAACACAAACAUUGCGGCACGAAUAGCCUCGCUCUCGCGACUGGUACUGGCCGAGCAGGCGCGACCGCUGUUGGUGCAGUGCCUGGCGGUGGGCUGGCCGGCGGCGCGGCCCGUCUGGAGCGCCGACCGGCCGCUGUCGCAGCUGGGCGCCGCCGUCCGCGAGAACGGCAGUCUGUUCAUCAGCGAGGUCAGCAGCCGGCACGCCGGAAACUGGACCUGCUCGGUGGCGAACGUGUACGGCCGCGACGCGAUGACGGUGCGCGUGCUGGUGCAGCGUCCGGCGCGCGCCGCGGCGCCGGCCGUGCUCGGCGUCGGCCGCCACUGGGUGCGGCUCGGCUGGAGUCUGCUGGACACGGGCGCAGCGCCGCUGUUCGCGCUGCACGUGCGAUACGGAGAGCGGUCCGGGCGGGAGCGGCGUCUGUCCGUCUAUCACCUGCGGCCAGAGGUGACCGUCGACCAGCUGAGCUGCGGCACAGAGUACGUGCUGUCGGUGGCCGCCGAGAACCGGCUGGGCACCGGCCCAUUCAGCGAGACUGUCCACAUCGCCACCGAGGGCGGCAAGCCGGGCCCGCUACCGGCGGACGCGCUCUCGGCCAACGCCAGCUGCAUCCUGGUACGGCUGCACGACUGGCCGGCCGAGUGCUCCGUCCGCCGGUUCGAGGCGCGCCUGCGGCCGGCCGGCGGCGGCGCGCGCUGGCGGCGCGAGGGCCCGUUCCCGGCCGACCUGGACGUGGCCGAGCUGUGCGGUCUGCUGCCGGCCACCGUCUACCAGCUGGUGGUGAGCGCCCACAGCGCGGCCGGCACCACAGAGUCCACCGCCCGGCUGGCCACGCACGCCUCGGACGGAGCAACGAUAUCUCCGCUGCUGCCGCCGGAGAAGUCGGUCGACGUGGAGUCGCCGCUGCUCGGGCACCCUCACGUGAUCGCGCUCAUCUGCUCGUCAGUGGUGUGCGCAGUGUGUCUGGUCAUCUGCCUGACCGUGCUCGUCAGGAGGCGGUGACGCCGGGACUCAGAGCCGGGAGCGUGACCCGUCGGAGGGGUUACCUGUGACCUCCCACCGGGGAGGGUUAGCUACCACCGGGAAGUGUCAGCUGUGACUGAGGAGGAUCAGCUGCCACUGGGAAGGCUCAGCUGUCACCGGGGAGUGUUAGCUGCCACCGGGGAGGGUCAGCUGUUACUGGGGAGGAUCAGCUGUCACUGGGGAGGAUCAGCUGCCACUGGGGAGUGUUAGCUGCCACCGGGGAGUGUUAGCUGCCACCGGGGAGGAUCCGCUAAAGGAUCAGCU